UUGAUAAUCGAUAGUCGUUCCAAAGUAAUAAAAGAUAUGGCUGAAAAAAUAGUACUAAUUAGCGGUUGUUCCUCGGGAAUAGGAUUGUCUACAGCUAUUUUGCUAGCCAGUGAUCAAUGUAAGCGUUUCAAAGUUUAUGCAACGAUGCGAAAUCUUGAGAAAAAGAAAGAGCUGGAGGAACGGGGAAAACAUAUCCUUGGAGACACACUCUUCAUUAGGGCCAUGGAUGUGUGUUCGGAUGAUUCCGUUAACGCGAUUGUCCAAGAGCUGGUAUCUGCACAUCAGCGAAUUGAUGUCGUUAUAAACAAUGCAGGAGUUGGCUAUUUUGGUCCACUGGAGGUACAAAGCAUGGAUUCGGUAAGGAGCAUAUUCGAGACCAAUUUUUUUGGAGUGUUGCGUCUUACCAGAGCUGCACUUCCAUGUAUGAAGUCCAACAAGGAGGGUCACAUCAUUUGUGUAUCGAGUAUGGGAGGUAUCAAUGGAGUACCCUUCAAUGGCGUUUAUUGUGCCUCAAAGUUCGCUGUAGAAGGUCUGUGUGAAUCAUUGGCUCCAUUGCUCAAGACCUUUAAUGUGAGAUGUUCUGUGAUUGAACCAGGGCCAGUAUCGACAUCUUUUGUAGCCAAUGCUCAAAUGACUGAAAGUGACACUCACCCUGAAGAAGUAGAUGAUGAAACAAAACAACUUCUCAAUAACUGCAUUAAAAAGAUGCGAGGUGCUUUCUCUACCAUGGUUCAAACUCCGGAUGAGAUUGCCCAAGUGAUCCUGGCAGCACUUGAUGCUGAAAGGCCACAUUUUAGGUAUCAAACUAACAAGAACUAUGCAUCUUCUGCAGCAAACAAGUUGGUGGAUAUCACAGGUGACAAAUCAAUGGAAAUGAUGCACCAGCGUUUCUUCAGUUAGAGUUCAUGGAGAUGUUUUGCCAGAGUUUAAAGGGUAAACCUUUUGCAAAAAGCUAUUGGCAUUAACAUAUAAAUUUGACACUUCAUUGCACAUGCGAUUCAGGCUUCCUUAAUUUCUUAAUAAUUUUAAGUAGCUCUGAAUAAUGUGUGAAGUAUACAGUUAAACAAACCAGUUCUCAAACAAGAAAUGAGGUCUGAAUGAACAGAAGGGAAGAACUCAAAAAACUUAUCCACAAGUAACAUGAACACGAAAAAAGUUUUAUUAAUUCAAAGUACAAAAUAAUAUAUAAAUUGAUUAUUCAUUAAAAGUGAUAAUUUUUUUUUUAAAUUCCUCCAUUUCACAAGAAAGUUCAAGGUUGCUCAGUUUUCUUGACACAACAUCUAUACCUAUAUAUUAUAAAGAUCAUUAAAUUUGGAAUGUGGACACUAAAGAAAUCCUUCUAACCACAGACAAUGAACAGAAACUACUAUCAAGACUAGUCGUAUUUUCAAUGGGACUGUGAUAAGAUUAAUGAGUCAGAUAUAAAACAAGCAUGCCCCCAUUAACCCUUUCUGCACUAGUAUCAGUAUGCAUAUUCUCCAUCUAUAUUCUAUACAUUUCCUGUGGUACUGACAGUGAAAUUUUGAUCAACAAUCAAAAUAUUUUUUAGUCAGUUAUCAUUUCCUAAAUUCUCAUGAUCUUAAUGUUGGAUUCUAGAAUAAUAAUGUAAGGAGAAAUUAGAUGCUGGUCUCUCUAUGGGGUUAAAGGAUUAGGCAUCACACACCGUGCAUGAAUAUACAAUUACAGUAAAAUGUUGUUUUUCCACACCUCAUUAUUCAUAAGUUGAUCAGUUCCUCAUUAGUUGUCCAAGCUACUUUUGCAUUCUGUUCUAAUAAACAACAGUGAAUUGUUGUUUAUUUAAGUAAACACAUGCCCUGUACCCUCUUUAUAUUGCAAAA